AUGAAUGUAGAGCUUUCCAAAUCUGCUGGAAAUGGCAGUAUUGCCAGUUCAAGUGUUUCUUCCAGUCCUAAACAGAAUCUUGCUAAUGGAGGAUGCCCAGUUUUUCUCGAUCAAAGAUACACGCAGUGGAAGGUGAAAAGCGAGAAAAAAAAAUGUGUUCGUUGCUAUGUGAUAAAGAGGAAAAAGAAGUUGGAAGGCAACAGGCUUCUGGAGCAUGCCCUUGCUGUGGAGGGAAAGUGGAAGCAGUGGAUGUUGGAAUUCAAUGGAGAUUUUUCUGUUUGCCCUUAUGUUUCACAUUCAAGAGGAAGUUCUUUUGUAUGCUUUGUUCAAGGCGUUUGGUUCUGCAUAAUUGUUGAACAGUUUAGAAUUUGGAUCAAAGAUCAGUUUUAG